ACUCUGUCAUUUGCGCGCCCAAGCGCCACGCUCUGCUUCUACUGUGUCCGAAGCCUCUCUAUCGCUCUCUCUCUCUCUCUCUCCAUCUUCUUCUUCUCUGAUAAGCUCGCCAUUCCAUUGGGUAACCCACGACGGGAGGAGAUCCGGGGUGCGAGGAUUCGAAGGAAAAAUGGGGAAGAUGGAUGGUGGGUCGAAGAAGAGGGACUACGAGGAGUGCCGUCGCCAGAGGAUGGAAGAGAACAAGAAGAGGAUGGAAGAGCUCCGUCUCAACAAGCUCGCCGCCGCCCUCGUCCCCACUUCCCCUAAGUCCACCCCAGUGAAGCAGAGCAAGAUGCGGACUCCUCGAAAGCAGUCGGAGCCAUCUUCCGUGCCCGUGAGACGCUCCGGCCGCACGGCGAACAAACCGGCUCCUAACUACAAGGAUGUACUCGAAAUCGGCCCUUUGGAAAGAGUGAGGAGGAGCUAUUCGCGAAGAGACCUGUCGAACAGGGUAUAUGCUUCUGAUGCCAUAAGGGCAUAUGCCAUUGAGAGAGCAGAGCAGCUUCAAUCUAGUUUAGAUGCAGAGUUCCCGAGCUUCAUCAAGCCCAUGCUUCAGUCCCAUGUCACAGGAGGCUUUUGGCUGAGUCUUCAACAUGACUUCUGCCGCAAGCAUCUCCCUCACCGUGAUGACACCGUGACUCUUGUGGACGAGGAUGGAGAAGAGUUUGAGACGAAGUAUCUCAUCGAAAAAAAUGGGCUUAGUGGUGGGUGGAGAGGUUUCUCCAUCGCUCACGAUCUUGUCGAUGGAGAUGCUCUGGUGUUUCAACUGAUCGAGCCAUUGACAUUUAAGGUACAUAUCAUCAGAGCCUAUGAAUCAGAGGAGAAGGAAGCAGAAGUCACUGAAGAGGAGGAAGCAAAAGACCCUGAAAAGAAGAAGGCGGCAGAAGGCCAUAAGGAGGUGGAAAGGGAAGCAGAUGUCCCAUACUUAACCAGGAGCGCCAAACGGAUUAGAGCAAGUAGAAAGUGAACAGGAGUGCAAGGUGUUCCUUGUUCAUGUGCUUAUGACUGGUAUAUGACUGACUGACAUUCCUUUUGGGCAUAUUUUGUCAUGGGAGCAGUAUCCUUCAGUAGUGUUCUAUCUAAAAUUUAAAGCAACAUGCUUGCGAUUUGCACCUUCGAAUUGUACAAGACACAUUUGAUUUCAUUGUGUGUGAAACAUCUAAACUUAUUAUGCAGUUAAUUAGG